AUGGAGCGCUCUACAUCUGCAACCCGUAGUGGAUUGGUGUCUUCAUUGAAAAUCAAUAUCCCUGGAGGGAUAUACCAAACUGUUAUUCGUACAGAAAUCAAUGAUGUCAGGGAACUAAUCUCUACUGUGCUAAACCGGUUAGACCCUGCUCUACGAGAGUUUCAAGCAUCAUACAGUUUGCGUAUUGUUCACCCAUCCUCUAAUGAAAUAUUUUAUCUUCAUCCUGAUCUUCCUAUUUCUGAGAUUGAGGAAAAAUACAAUUCUAGAGAUCAUCCAUUAGAAGAAUGUCACUUCGAUCUGAGGAUCAGGUAUAUUCCUCACUCCCUUGAAGAAGUUUAUGAUAUUGACAAGUUUACUGCUUUAUUUCUGUUUGAUCAGGUGAAGAGUGACUAUUUGAAGAGCCCUACUUCUGAUUUGGACCUAGCUGUUCAAUUGGCUUGUCUUGCAGUAAAACAUCAUUUCAGGGAUGUUCCAUCACUUGCGUUGGAUAAGAAAUCUAAUUCAGAAUAUUUAGAAAAAGAAGUUGGUCUUCAAAAGUUCUUCCCUUCAUCAAUUCUAGAAUCUCAUAAAGCAAAGUCCCUGAGGAAACAGUUACAGUCGAACUUCAAGAAAGUUGCUUCCCUUAGUGAUAGAGAAGUUGUUUCUCGGUAUUUAACCAUCCUCAAAUCUAUUCUAUACUUUGGAGAGGAAAGAUUCCAAUGUUCUCUUGGAUCUGGUUGGUCUAUCCCAGUCGAGUUAGUGAUUGGACCUGAAUUUGGCAUCAGUUAUGUUAGUCAUCGUUCAACUGCGCCUACAAAGAUGGCACAGUUUAAGGACAUUGUCAGCCUACAGACAUUGUACACGGAUUGCUCAGAGCAUAGGAAGGCUAUGCUCAGGCUAAAAAUAGCUGGGGCUACAGAGGCACUAACUAUAACAUGUUCUAGUCUAGCUGAGGCUGAAUCACUUGCUGACCUUGUUGAUGGUUAUCAUCGCCUCCAAGCAAAGACAACAUUAUCGAUAUGGAAUAGAGCAGAGGAGUGUAGUGGAAGUGAUAAAGAAAUAAAGACAAGAAGUGUUGUUUCUGAGGAUUAUGCUGAAAUCUUAGAUGAAGAGGGUGACUAUAGCACCCCUGCUCAUAAGGACUAUGAAUUGGCAAGAUCACAAUUAGAGCUUGGAGAGAUUAUAGGUGAAGGCCAGUUUGGAGAUGUACAUCGAGGAAUCUGCACAGUUGGAGGUCAGAAGAUCCAGGUGGCUGUGAAAACAUGUAAACCAGGCUCUGAUAUGGCUGUAACAGAAGUAUUUCUCGAAGAAGCAUAUGUAAUGCAGCAGUUUGACCAUGCACACAUUAUUAAGUUGAUUGGUGUCUGCACGGAUUCACCAGUCUGUAUAGUGAUGGAGUUGGCGAAAUUGGGUGAACUGCGGGCUUAUCUCAACAAUAAUCGAGGAAAUUUAGAUUUGGCCUCCCUUCUUUUGUAUAUCUAUCAGUUGUCAACAGCUCUCUCCUAUCUAGAAUCAAAGAAUUUUGUUCACAGGGAUAUUGCGGCUAGAAAUGUGUUAGUUGCCAGUCCAACAUGUGUUAAGCUGGGUGACUUUGGGCUGUCUAGAUGGAUCAAUGAUCAAUCUUACUAUAAAGCUAGUAGGGGGAAACUUCCUAUCAAGUGGAUGGCACCAGAGUCUAUCAACUACAGGAGAUUCACAACAGCCAGUGAUGUAUGGAUGUUUGGAGUCUGUAUGUGGGAAAUCCUGACAAGAGGAGACAAACCAUUCCAGAAUGUCCGUAAUGCUGAGGUUUUAAACCGACUGGAAAAUGGUGAGAGGUUACCAUUGCCAUCAAGCUGCCCUCCUCAGUUGUACAGCAUUAUGUGCCGUUGCUGGGCAGCUCAGCCAGACAGUAGGCCAUCUUUUACUGUGCUUAAAGAAGCUUUGAGGGAAAUUCUUAGUGAAGAAAAAAGCCAAGAACAGGAGACACUAAAAAGAGAAAACAGAAGGGUUCAGGCUAUGUCUUGGGGUGGAGCAGUGGAUGAACCACCAGUAGUGUAUAUUGUUGCUAAGGACUCUGAAGUACUAAGUCAGCUGAUGAAAGAAAAUGAAGAAAGAGUUAACCCUUCAGAUUAUACUACUCCUGCUUCAGCCUUCAACACUCUAGCGGUAUUGGCAAUUGAUUCUGAUGACAGUCGCCAACAUCUUCGGGAUGACAGAGAAUACAAUGAUCUGGCAGCAAAAGCGGAGGGUAAUGUCGCAGAUGAGGAGGCCGAGAGACGGGAAAUAGAGCGUAGAAUUAGGCAACAAAUGAAAGAAGCAGAAGAAGAUUCUAAAUGGCUCACUGAAGGAGAAGCUUCGCUGAAAAAAAGACUUUCGUUGGCUGCAUCUGAUGGUGACUCCGUAGAAAGCUGUGGAAGUGGUCCUAGCAGUGCUACCAAUUCACUAAGAAGAUCACACGACAAGAUAGUGGUUGUAAAAAAAAUGGAACCGACUCCGACUGCAGAUCUUGACAGGAAGAAUGACAGGGUAUAUGAAUGUACCAAAAAUGUAGUGAGAGCUGUCAUGGCUCUUUCACAAGGAGUUCAAGAGAAGGAGACUGACAUGUAUCUUACAUUGGUUAAGGAUGUUGGACUACAGUUGAGGUCACUUCUGGCCAGUGUUGAUAGCCUGGUCAGUAUCUUUCCAUUGUCUGCCUUUAGGGAAGUGGAAAUGGCUCACCAGGUUUUAUCUAAAGAUAUGUCUGAGUUAGUUACAGCAAUGAAGCAGGCUCACAAAUAUAGCACCACUACACUUGACUCAGCUUAUAGGAAGCAGAUGUUGGGUGCUGGACAUGCCCUUGCAAUGGAUGCCAAGAAUUUGCUGGAUGUUGUGGAUGGUAUAAGACUUAAGGAUCCUGCGGUAGACCGAGCUAUAUGUUCUGGAGAGCUCUAA